AUGGCGGGGAGACAAUGUCAUCUGCUGCUAAUAGCCCUGGUGUUUUCAGGCAUUCGUACUGAGGACGUCUUCCAGCCCACCCUGGUGCUAGACAUGGCCAAGCUUCUGUUGGAGAAUUACUGCUUCCCUGAAAACCUGGUGGGGAUGCAAGAAGCUAUUGAGCAAGCCAUUAAAAACGGUGAGGUCUUGGACAUCUCCGAUCCCAAUCUUCUGGCCUCUGUUCUGACCGCUGGCGUCCAAGGUGCCUUGAAUGACCCGCGGUUGGUAAUCUCUUACGAGCCUUCGUCUCCCGUUGCCCCUAAGCAAGAAACAGAAGCUUCUCCAACAUCAGAGCAGCUCCUAGAACUUAUCCAACAUGUAGUGAAGUCCGAGGUACUGGAUGGCAACGUGGGCUACUUGAGGAUUGACUACAUCAUUGGUCAAGAAACUAUAAAGCGGAUAGGGGCGUUCCUCGUCGAAAAGGUAUGGAAGACCCUGAUGGAGACAUCGGCUUUGGUGCUAGAUUUACGUUAUGCCACUGGCGGGAAGGUCUCUGGCAUCCCCUUCAUCAUCUCCUACUUGCACCGCGAUGACCAACUGUUGCAUGUGGAUACCGUCUACAACCGGCAGUCCAACAGCACCACUGAAAUCUGGACCUUACCCAAAGUGCUGGGCACGAGGUACAGAAAGGACAAAGACGUUGUGUUGCUGAUCAGCCAAUACACCACGGGAGUGGCCGAAGCCGUGGCCUACAUACUGAAGCACAUGCGCCGGGCCAUAAUCGUGGGAGAGAGGUCCGCAGGGGGCUCCUUGGACAUUCAGAAGUUGCGAAUCGGGGAUUCCCAGUUCUACAUGACGAUUCCCUUGUCCCGAUCUGUGAGUCCCUUAAGCGGCAGUGGGCAAACUUGGGAAGGCAGCGGGGUGGUGCCGAGUGUAGCAACUUCAGCCGAACGAGCACUAGACGAAGCCUUGGCCAUUCUCUCGCUGCGCAAGGCCGUCCCCAGUACCAUUGACCAGCUGAUGACCGUCCUGAGGAACAACUACUCCAUGGUGGAUCGGGUGCCUUCGUUACUGCAGCACCUGGCCAGUUUUGACUGCUCUUCCAUCCUGUCUGCGGCAGACCUGGCUUCCAAGCUGAACGCCAAACUGCAGGCUGUGUCGGAAGACCCCCGUCUCUCUCUGCGAGUCACCACCGCUGGGGAGAUUGCCCCUGGACCGGCGGAACAGCGGAUCGCCACAGCUGCUGACCUGCCUGACAACGAGCAGUUUCUGCAAGCUCUGGUGGACACGGCAUUCAAGGUGUCGGUGUUACCAGGCAACGUGGGUUACAUGCGCUUUGACGAGUUUGCUGAUGCUUCCGUUCUGGGCAAGCUCGGUGCUUACAUUGUGCACCGAGUCUGGGAGCCCCUGCAAUCCACGGACAGCUUGAUCGUGGACUUGCGCUACAACCCCGGGGGCCCAUCCUCGAGCGCUGUGCCGAUUUUGCUUUCCUACUUUCAAGACCCCUCUGCCGGCUCUGUGCGCCUCUUCACAACUUACGACAGGGGCACCAACCGCACCCAGGACCACAACAGCAGACUGGAAACUGUUGCAGGCCCUACGGAGCCCAGCGUGGGGGUCUACCUGCUCCUCAGCCACCACACGGCCACAGCGGCUGAAGAAUUUGCCUACCUCAUGCAGUCCCUCGGUCGCGCCACUCUGGUUGGUGAGAUCACUGCAGGCCGUCUGCUCCACACACGGACCUUCUGCAUCCUGCAGCUCAGGGAGGGGGCGGGGCUGUGGCUCCUCAUCAACAUCCCCAUCAUCUCCUUCAUUGACAACCACGGGGACUCCUGGUUCGGUGGUGGGGUGGUACCUGAUGCCAUCGUGCUGGCUGAUGAGGCUCUGGAGAAAGCUCAGGAGGUGCUGGAGUUCCACAAGGGCAUGGGAGCUCUCGUUGAAGGGGUUGGGCAGCUGCUGGAGGCUCACUACGCCAUCCCAGAAAUGGCCAGGCGGGUCAGUGGCAUGCUCAAUUCCAAGCUGGCUCAAGGCGGGUAUCACAUGGCAGUGGACUUCGAAACGCUGGCUUCUCAGCUGACCAAUGACCUUCAAGAGGCCUCUGGAGACCACCAACUGCACAUCUUCCACAGCCACGUGGAGCCUUCCCCAGAGGAGCAACCUCCCAACAAGACCCCCACGCCUGAAGAGCUGAGCUACAUCAUCGAGGCACUCUUCAAAGUGGACGUCUUGCCGGGCAACGUGGGCUACCUGCGCUUCGACAUGAUGGCAGAGGCGGAGACGGUGAAGGCCAUCGGGCCCCAACUCCUGCAGAUGGUCUGGGAGAAGCUGGUGGGCACCUCUGCCAUGAUUGUCGACAUGCGCUACAACACGGGCAGCUACUCCAGCGCCGUGCCCAUCCUCUGCUCCUACUUCUUUGAUGCCGAGCCCCAGCAGCAUCUGUACACCAUUUUUGACCGGAGCACCUCUCACAGCACCGAAGUGUGGACCUUGCCCAAGGUGUCCGGCAAACGGUAUGGCUCAACAAAGGACCUCUUCAUCCUCAUUAGCCACAUAAGCGGCUCUGCGGUGGAGACUUUCACUCGCUCGAUGAAGGACCUCCACCGAGCCACCGUCAUAGGGGAGCCCACCGUGGGCGGUUCCCUCUCAGCAGGGAUUUACCGCCUGGGUGGCAGCCCCCUGUAUGCCUCCAUCCCCAGCCAGGUGGUGCUCAGCCCGCUCACGGGCAAAGUGUGGAGCUUGUCUGGGCUGCAGCCCCACGUCACCACCCAAGCCACGGAAGCCCUGGCUUCCGCUCAGGACAUCAUCGGCCUGCGCGCCCAGCUGCCUGGCGUGCUGCAGACGGUGGGCAAACUGAUUGCUGACAACUACGCCUUCGCCAGUCUCGGGGCAGAAAUGGCUGCCAAGCUGGCCGACCUUGCAUCCAAAGACACUUACAGGAGGAUCAACAGCGAGGCAGAGCUUGCGGAGGCGAUGGCAGCGGACCUGCAAGCCCUUUCCAGAGAUGCGCACCUGAAAAUAGCCCACAUCCCUGAGCACUUGAGGGAGCGCAUCCCAGGGAGUGUACCCGUGCAGAUUUCUUCCCCGGAGCAUUUGGAAGACUUCGUUAAGUUUUCUUUCCACACCAAAGUGUUUGAGAACAACGUCGGUUACCUGAGGUUUGAUAUGUUUGGAGACUGUGAACUUUUAGCCCAGGUCUCCAGCCUGCUGGUGGAACACGUCUGGAAGAAGAUUAUCAACACGGACGCCCUGAUCAUUGACCUGAGAUAUAAUGUAGGGGGCCCCACUUCCUCCAUAGCAACUCUGUGCUCCUAUUUCUUCGACGAAGGAAGCCCAAUUCUUCUGGACAAAGUAUACAACCGACCAAACAAUACGACGACUGACAUCUGGACCCAUUCACAGCUUAAAGGGGUGAGAUACGGUCUCCAGAAAGGCCUGGUCAUCCUCACCAGCUCGGUGACUGCAGGCGCUGCAGAGGAAUUUGUGUCCAUCAUGAAAAGGCUGAACAGGGCCUACAUCAUUGGGCAGAGGACCAGCGGGGGCUGCCACCCGCCUCUGACGUACCACGUGGACGGCACCGACCUCUACGUGACCAUCCCAGCAUCCCGAUCCGUCCUUUCCAUUGACGGCACCUGGGAGGGGGUGGGAAUAAGUCCUCACUUGGCCGUUCCCACCGAAGUGGCCCUCAUCCGAGCCAAGGAGAUGCUCAAUGCACACCUUCACCAGCCCAACUAGACUUUCUGAGAGGCACCAGAAAAGGUGGGAACACAGAAGAAGAUGCUGGAAAGGAGAAUGAGUGAAGAAAGGUACC